AUGUAAAUAAAUGGCCGUUUGUAAUUUGACUUAAAACUUGAUGAUAAAGAUUAUAAAAUAAGUGGCAACAUUUUCAUGAAGGAAAACCUUUCUACAGACGUUGAGAAAGAAGCAGAAACAAUUGCCAAGAGAAUCAUUGAAAAAGUCCGAUAAAAAUCAUUAAACAAAUCAACCAAUAAAUCUGUUUAACACAAGUACGAAUCAUAAUCAGCCACCAAAUUCAGUCAAACUGAACAUUUCAAAUCUAUUGAAUAAAGCAAUUCUCGAUAAGAAACAUUAAAAAAUGACUAUAAAUAACCCUAUAUAUCUGAAUAUUAAACUGAUUUUAGAUCCUCAUGCAAAUUGAAUAAUGUGGAACAACAAUUAGAUAUUGGUGAAUUAAUUACUCCUUAAAAACAUAAGUAACGUAGUACUAAAUCUUAAUAAUGCAUUAAAAAAGAGUAGCCAAGUCAUAAAUCGUCUGCAACUAUCUAAUUGGCUGAGAGUUAAUAUUUUAUCGAAAAUAGUAGUAAUUGCAAUACUAAAGAUGGAAAACAAAUUAUUUAAUUGAUGUAUUCUUAUAUCCAAUUAUUAAAUUUAGAGAUAAUGCACAUAAUCUAAUCAGAAAAAACUCAUAAAUUUUGAAUAAGGUUUAACUCUAGUCUCCUCUUCAAUCAGUUAUCAAUACAAAAUCUCUCAAUACAUAAAACAAUAAAAAGAAAGAAGAUAUUGUUACUCAACUAUUAGGAAGUCUAAGGAAUGCUAAAAAAAUAAAAGAUGAAUAUUAAAAAAGAUUCUUUUGA